UUGGGUGUGGAAUCCUGUGCGUGGUUUGAUGUGUUGUGUGUUCAGAGAAACAAUAUAAAAGGAGUCAGUGGUGCAUGUUUCUCAGUUGAGAAGUCAACUAUAGUGAGAAGAAAUGGCAAGAUAUAUUGUCAAAGUUGAACCAAGACCAACAGACAGAGUUUACAUCAAAUUUCCAGAUAGCCAGGAAAAAGAAGAAUAUCUCAUUCAAGAUGACACUACAAUUGAAUUAAAUAAUGAACCAAAGAAAAUCACCAUCCGACGGGAGAGAAUUUGGUAUCGAAGCAUCACAUCAUGGCGCUGCAGGUAUGUGACCAUUACCUCUUUGGACUCGGAGAAAGAACUCUACUUCCCUGUCUUCAGAAAGAUUGACUCAGCUGGGUUGACCAUCAAGGAAAAUUCAGCUAAGCUACCUAACGAUGAUCCCUCUGAGGAGAGAAAGGAAUCUUUGAGCAACAAUCGCAAGUUUCGAGAAACAAUUGAUCGACAUGGAAAAGACCCAGUCCCAGAGGCAGUUCCUAUGAUGGCUAGAAGAAACAUUGUCGUGGAAAAACCUUCUCAGAAAAGUUCUACAAGCAAUAUCUUUCUCAGUUUCUUACUGGGCAUCAUCAGCAUUUUCCCCGAGCAGUUGCAUUUCACUCACAAACCUGGCCUCCCAGGUUUCGUGAAAGGAGGGAACUUCUUUGACUUGCCAAGAGAACUGUGGUUUGAGUUUGGCAAGAUUUUUACAUUGGCUCGCAAUGUAGUCAAGAUUGAGGCAGAGACAAUUUUCCGGAGACUUUGGAACUUUUGCCGCAAGUGGAAGAAAAUUGAUGACAUCAGAAAUGUGUUUUGGUUUCCGAGCAAAAAAGCAGCAUAUAUCUCACAAAACUGGAAGAAUGAUGGCUUUUUUGGCCACUUGUUUCUGAAUGGUUGUAACCCAAUAAUGAUCAAGAGGUACACAGAAGAUCAGCAGAAAAUUCCAAUGGAGACUUUGGAAAAGGUGUACCCUGAUAUUAAGGAAAAUAUCCAGAAUGGAAGCAUCUAUGUGGUGGACUAUGGAGUACUGGAUGACAUAGUGGGAGGUAUACUCAAGAAGACACCACAGUUCUUGGCUGCACCCAUUGUGCUGCUUCAACAGACUGAGGAGGAGCUAAAGCCUAUUGCCAUACAGUUGAUUCAGAAGCCUGGAGAGGACAAUCCAGUUUUUACCCCACAAGACAAUAAAGCCUGGCUCUUAGCCAAGAUCUGGGUUCGGAACUCUGACUUCUACUACCAUGAGCUGGUUUCUCAUCUUCUCAGAACACAUCUGAUGGCGGAAAUAUUCUUCAUUGCUAGUUACUCUAUGGCUGAUCAACAUCCACUAUCAAGGAUUCUUCGUGCAACUGGUCGGUACACCUUACCAAUCAAUAUUACUGCCAGAAACACCCUCAUCAAUAAAGGUGGAUUCUUCGUGGAGUACACAGCCAUUGGGAAUGAGCAUUGGGAGGUUUUAAAAAAAGCAACAGAGAAGAUCACCUAUGAGAGCCUCUGCCUGCCAGACAAUGUGAAGCAGCGUGGCAUCGACAAGCUGAAGAACUUUCACUACAGAGAUGACGGCAUGGACAUCUGGGAAGCACUAUAUAAGUAA